AUGGGUAAGGCUAAGAAGACUAGAAAGUUCGCCUUGGUGAAACGUACCUUAAGUGCUAAGGAUCCACGUAUAACAAAAAACAAGAAUAACAAUAAUAAUAAUAACAAUAAUAAUUCCAAAGAUGAUCCUGAAUUAACCAAAUCCAUCCCACAAGUAUCAUCGGCUUUAUUCUUCAAAUUCAAUCAAGCUAUUAAACCACCAUAUCAAGUUCUUAUCGAUACAAAUUUCAUUAACUUUUCUAUUCAGAAAAAAGUGGAUAUAGUGAAAGGUUUAAUGGAUUGUUUAAUGGCAAAAGCUAUACCCAUUAUAACUGAUUGCGUAAUGGCAGAAUUAGAAAAAUUAGGUCCAAAAUAUCGUAUUGCAUUGAAGUUAGCUAAAGAUCAUAGAAUCCAAAGAUUAAAGUGUAGUCAUCAAGGGAUAUAUGCUGAUGAUUGUUUGGUUAACAGAGUUAUUCAACAUAAAUGUUAUAUUGUGGCAACCAAUGAUGCUGAUUUGAAAAGAAGAAUUAGAAAAGUACCUGGUGUUCCUUUGAUUAGUGUAGGUGGUCAUGCAUAUGUCAUUGAAAGAUUACCAGAUGUAUUCUAA